GUCCCCCGCGUUAACACUCCUUCAGAAACAAGGAAAUCUGUUCUGCUACUGCUGUGCGGGCUGCACCCCUCCUUGCAGGUGGAUGUGAACCGGCGUACACUGGGAAAAGGUAUUUCUUUAUUAUUAUCAAGACGAUGUAUUUUUGAAAUUAUCUGGAAAAAAUAUCUUUAGGAUCAAGGCUAAAAAAGACGACUGUGUAAACGUUUUAGCAUCUCUUAAAGCCGGACAGCUAGCAACCAGCUAACCACAGCUGUCAAUGAAUAAAAUGACAAAGAGGGGAGAGCUAUCUGCUGUAGCAGCUACAGAAAUCACGACAUAUACAAUGAAACACUCACGUAAAGGUUGAAAACUUGUUAUGAACAGUUACGGCAGUCUGUCUUGUUAAACAUUUGAUGUGUUAUUUGUAUAUAUUUAUUGUGUAGUGUCUGUGCGUGUGUUGCCUUUAGAGUCCAGUGUGUCCAGCCGUUUGUGACACCGCGAAGAUCAACAACAUGGGACUGCUGUCGGACCCAAACAGAAGACGGGCUCUGAUCAGCCUGCUAACCCGCCUCAAUGCUCCAAUCUGGUAGGUGUCCAGCUGAUAAAAGUGCCUCUGUGAAGUCUGUGAAUGCACUAGAUUUCAAUUUAUCACAUUACCUGACUGAAUAGUCAAGCAUUUCUAACCAUGUUUCUUUUCCACCAUUCAUUUCUAUUCCUUCAUGCCAUCUCAGUGUGGUCUGCUACAUGGCAGGCGUGGCGUGGUUUAUGGGGUUGGCAUUUGAGCCUUUCACUCUCCGGACAUACAUGUCAGAGAAUGCCAUGGGGUCGACCAUGGUGGAGGAGCGAUUUCCAGCAGGGGAGAGGGCGCUGGCAACGGGCAGAGAGUUUUCGGCUCAUAAGAAGAAAACAGGGUAGGCAGAUAAUCUGAAUUAAAUAGAUGUGAACUGACUCAAAAGGUUGUUUGCAAAUGCUUACUGUGUCACUGUGACCCGUGCAAACAGGAUUAAGUAAUGUGAACACUCAUAAUUCACAGGCUUCUGAAUUAGUUGACAACAAAACAGAUAUCGAAGCACUUCAGAAAGAAAUAUCUGUGGCAAUAUUUGUGUUUUGUGUAUUUCUUUUUCCACUUGUUGUUACCUCUGUAGUGGGAUGCCAGUGGAUUGGCUGGUGAAGACCAUGAAGGAUCGAGGCUUGGAGGUGUUUACCCAGAGUUUCUCUCGCACUCUGCCUUUCCCUGAUGAAAACAAAGAGAGAUAUGUACGUAUAUGAUUCAGGGGUUGAUCAAAUGAGAGAUAGAAGAGAUUGGUUUUAUUCACAGACAUACUCCAUCCUCUUUGUUGGUCUUUUUUUUUAGAUGGUAAAAGGCACAAAUGUAUAUGGAAUCCUUCGGGCCCCGAGAGCUCCAAGGACUGAAGCUUUGGUGCUGAGUGCUCCCUGCACCCCUGGGGAUAAUAAUAACCAGGCGGUGGGGCUGCUUCUGGGCCUGGCACAGUACUUCAGGAGUGAGUACAGAACCUGCAACCUUUUAUUUUUAUGGAAAUGGAGUGGCAUGUCAUGUUUUAAUGACUUCUGUGCUCUGUUAUAGAUCAGAUUUACUGGGCCAAGGACAUCAUCUUCCUUGUCAACGAGCAUGAUCUGAUUGGUAUGCAGGCUUGGCUGGAAGGAUACCACCACACCAACACCACAGGUAAUCACCAGGAUUCACUCAGCAAUAAAACUUUAGAAGAAAUCACUGGACGUUGUCAUCAGUGCAGAUCAUAAACUUCUCUGCUGGAUUUACCUGAUGUAUCCAGGUAUGGACUGGUCCCCACUUCAGGGCCGUGCUGGUUCGAUCCAGGCUGCUUUGACCCUGGAGCUUAGCAGUGAUGUCGUCACCAGUUUAGACCUGGUACUGGAAGGACUCAAUGGUCAGCUUCCUAACCUGGAUUUGGCCAAUCUCUUCUAUGCCUUCUGUCAGAAGAUCGGAGUCCUCUGCACCAUCCAGGGAAAGGUGAACAUUUACAUUUGCUUGAUUAUGUUUGAUUAUUAUAAAACCCCAGGGCUGUCUUAGUUUGGGAUUUACUUAAAGGGAUAUUCCGGCGUAAAAUUAAUUUCGGGCCAAACACACCUUGACGCUGAGUUAGACACCAGCCUCGAGAGAUGAAUGUUGCCGACUGCUUGCUUCUCUAGUUAUACAAACUUAAGUAAUGACCACAGGAUAGCAAUACACAGUGGUCUGAGGAGCCAUAAACAAACCUCAACCAAAAAGCCACUCUAUAGCCACAAAUAAUGCUCAGAACAGCAACUAACUUCACAUAUUGGGUCCCAGCCAUAGUACUAGCCACCAAACAUCUUUUUAACUUUGCCUGAUUUCUUUAGCAAAGAGACUAAACACAACCUACCUACUCUCUUCCAGCAGCCGCUUGUUUGUAGCGAGACCUCGGGCAAGUCCAUUAUGGGCUACAGUGGGGUGACACAGCUCAAGGAAGAACAUUUAUGAAAUUAAGCACAGUUAAAAAGAUGAUUUUGACCCUAAAUUAAUUUUACGCCGGAAUAUCCCUUUAAUCAUAUUUUUUUCUCUCCACAGCUGCAGAGGAACGACUGGGACAGCGUGUCGGGUUACAGUCAUGCAGUGCAGACCAUGAUGCUGAUGGUGAUGAAGCAGGCCAGUGGACGACCCUGGGGGGAUCAUGGCCUCUUUCUGCGUUACCAUAUAGAGGCUGCAACAGUCAAGGGCAUCAACAGCUUUCGUCAGUACAAGACUGACGCCACUACUAUUGGCAGGUCAGAGCAAGCAAUGAUAUCUUUUAAAACAUUUAAUUGCUUUUCAUUGUGACUCUAACCUUCAUGACACUUGAUCACACAUAACUGAGUCUGUUGUGUGUUGCUUUGUCCCGAUGAAUGUCCUUUAGGCUCUUGGAGGGAAUGUAUCGUAAGCUGAAUAACCUCCUGGAGCGCUUGCAUCAGUCCUACUUCUUCUACCUCAUGCCGUCCCUCUCUCACUUUGUCUCCAUUGGUUACUACAUGCCAGCGUUCGGCCUCCUGGCGGUCAUUCUGCUGCUUCGUGUAUCCUUUUACUGUUACUUUACUUUCACUUGGAUUCAAUCAAGUAACAUGUAGACAAGAGAACAAUACUCCCUAAAUGCAGCCCAGGUUAGUAAUUUUAUGUAAGCAAUAUCAUUUCAACAAUACAAUCGAUCCGAUUAGUCCUUGACAGAAGCACAGGCCUUAGACCUCUGGGUGCAACUUUCAACUCCACCACCAAGGACGGAGGAUGGAAUUGCUGAGACUGAGGAGGUGAGACUCACACAUACCAACACAUAAGAUUUUAAAAAGUCACUUUCGUCCAUUAAAUCUGAACUUUUCUUGAAUAUUCUCUCCUCCAGGUGUCGAGUCCAAGUGUACUGUCUGUUUUGACUCCUCUGGUGAUCAGUCAUCUAACUGGAGCAGCUCUGUACACCCUACCGAUCCAUUUUCAGGAGAUGGCUGUCGAACAUUUCCCGGUGUCAGAGACUGAGGCGGUGGUCCUGACGGCUAUAGCUGUGUACACAGCAGGACUGGCUCUACCGCAUAACACACACAGGUAGCUCCUCACACCUGAAACCCUAAGUUGAAGAAAGGAAUCACUUUAUCUACAGGGGGCGCCAAAACUGACACGAACCAAAAGCAGUUACACAAAUAAUUCAAUCAGAGCAUUGCAUUUAAUUGGAGUUUGAACCCAGGCUCUGUUUUGGUAACAUUUUGUGGUUAAAUAUGUGCAAAAAAAAAAAAAACACACUCUAAUAAUCUUUUACAUAAUUUCAUGAGCUUAUGCAGUUUUCUACUUCCACUUGGGGAUACUAUUUUUUAGAAUUUGCUGAUUAUAUACACAGCACCCAGCCAAGACCAUGCAAAAACUCUUCUCUUUUUUUCUCACAGGCUCUUGUCAGGUGAGGGGACGGAGCAGGGCUGGAGAGUCCUAAAGCUGGUGGCUGUGCUCUACCUGGCUGUUUUACUCGGCUGCACUGCCCUCAUCAACUUCUCCCUCGGCUUCAUCCUGGCUCUCAACCUGGUGCCUGUAGCUGCCUUCAUCACACCCCACGUACCAAAGUAAUCCACCUUACUCUCACAUCGUAGCUUCUUUGCGUCAUGUGUUCGUCAAGUUGUACUCACUCUCUCUUUCUUCUCACCUCAGGGUCCUUUCAGCCUUCAUCCUGGUCAUCCUCAGCCCGGCCUUCACACUCCUCUUUUCCGUCUUCUUCUACCAAGAGCUGGUGGAAGUUCCUGUCAGCUUCCAGGACGGCUGGAUGCUCUACCUGUCUGUCAUCUCUCAGGGCAUCCUGGACCACUCCCUGUACGGCUCUCUGGUUUACCCUCUCAUAGCCCUGCUUGUCUAUCCCUGCUGGCUGCUUUUCUGGAACAUUCUCUUCUGGAAGUAAAUACCAGUCACACAGGAUAAACUGUCCUCUGAGGCGUUCUCAGGUUUGUCUACAUUGGGUGAAAUGUGAAAGACAGUUAAACCUGCGGCAGCGAUUGGUCUAGAGGAGGAAUACCUGUAGUUGACUUGAACGGACUGCUUUGACCUUUCCUUGGACAGUUUGUCGGUUUGGGUUCAGGUGGUUGGUAAACUAAGCAGAAGGGUUUGAUGUGGAAGCUGAGAACUGGCGUCACUUGCAGUUAUUACUUUUAAUUUUAACAUCUCAGAAGGCUCCCUUGCUGUAACAGGUAGGUUGUUUUAUUAUAACUUUGAUUUAAAGGUUAAACUAUGAUUGCAAGAGCGGCAGUUCUUAGUCUUUCUACUUUUGUACUGUACGCCUCACUAGGAAAGGUGAAGAGAAAGAGGGGUGGAUCUUUAAAUUACAUGUUUGGGUUUUGGAUUAUUUAUGAACUUCAUUGUUUGUGGUACAUAAAGAAAAUGACUGCACUGUUUGUUUUAAAUCUUCUGUCUGUUGGAUGUUGAUGGAAAAAAAAAUGGCUACUGUGUCUUUUAAGAUUUCUGUACACCUACAUCUUUUAGACAAGCCAUCACUACAUCUAAUAAUUUUAUACUUGUUUUUAUAACUUGCUUUGAAAGUUGUUUAUUUCAUAUUUAAAAGAUGCCAAAAUAAAGUGAAGCUACAAGAUUAUAAUUCACCCUCGUUUUAUUUAAUCCUACAUUUUUUACAUUUGACACCAGGGGUUAGACGACAAGAUUUGUAUAUAAUGAAGCAAACUUAAAGCACCUGUUGGCACUGAUAGUCUAUCAGUCUAGACGUGACCCACAUACGCUGGCAGCCUUGGCUCAAAUCCACCUUGUGGCUCGUUUCCUGUAUGUUAUUCCCCUCUCUCUCUGCUGUUUCCUGCUCUGUUCAUUGUUCCCUAACUGCCAAUAAAAAAGCCAAAAGAGCUCAGAAAUAAAUAUUUUAAAACAG